UUGCACAUCAAACAUUCAUUUGGCUGUCAGCCGUAGAAGUGUAUUCACCUCAGCAAAUUUACAUUCCAUAAAACAGGAGACAUUUUUAGUUUAUUAAGUCUUUACUUGCCACAGGUUUAACUCCUCCAGCAGAAGCUACUGAACAAGUUCCUUACUCCAUCCAUAUGUUCACUUCAGCCAGCGUAAUGCCCUUUAGACAUGAGAGUGAUGACACAGUGAUUUAAAGUGUUGGAGCAGCAAAUCAUUUUGGGACAUGGAGCUGUGGAAUAUGACUGAUGUACCAGCCAAGCUAUUCUCACCUCUGUCAAACUGCACUGUGGACACCAGCUACCGCUUCACCUUCUACCAAGUGUCCUACAGCGUCAUCUUCCUGCUGGGGUUGGCCACCAACAGCCUGGCUCUGCGCAGACUGUGUCUAUCUCCCUGCACCAUCAACAGCACAGCCAUCUACAUGGCCAGCCUGUCAGCUGCCGACUUGUGUUUUGUGAUCUCUCUGCCUCUGAGAAUCUACUACUACAACCAAAAGGCUCAAGCCCUGUUCUCCAACACAGGAGACCCGUCCAGUUGGACUCCUGGGGUGACGUACUGCCACCUCACUUUCACCCUCAAAUACAUCAGUCUGUACGGGGGAAUCUUCUUCCUGGUGUGCAUCGCUGUGGACCGUUACUUUGCUGUAGUUCACCCGCUGGCAUCAGCGCUCCGCAGGCUACGUGUUGCGCAGCUGGUAAGUGGGGGGAUCUGGUGCCUGGUGCUGGGGCUGAGUGUGACUCUACCUCUGUUGUGCUCUGCAGCCACUCGCCAAGACCAACCCUGUCUGUUGGACCCGUCCUCCCAACGCCACCGAACCAUCAUACUGGUGGCCCUGGGAUUAGUUCUGGGGUCAUUUCUGCUGCCCACUAUGCUACUUCUCUACAGCUACUGCAGAGUGUUGAGUGUGCUUCGCCACCCGAGACACCGCUCUCGCAGCCAGCACCACAACCGCCAGCACACUCUCACGAUCAUUUACUGGGUGCUGGGUGUCUUCCUGUUGUGCUUCCUCCCCUAUCACAUCAACCUGCUGGGAUACACCCUCACACAUGUGGGGCUGCUGCCCCACUGUGGCCUGGCCAAGGUAACCAAGGCUGUACACCCUGUGGUGCUCUCUCUAGCCAGCUCCAACUGCUGCCUCAACCCACUCAUCUACUAUUUUUCCAGCAGCCUGGUGCACAGGGAGGCACCUGGGGGUGGAGGCAGUGGCAGCCAUGACACAGCAAAAAGACCUGUUUUUAAGAGCACUGCUGGAUUUCGUCUAUUCACAUAUAGUAUUUAGUUACCUCUUGUGUGUGCACUACUUCGUAGGUGAUACUGUAGAUAACUCUGUAUGUGUUACAUAUAUAUUGUCAGUUUGUAAGACAGUGAAAUGCCAUGAGAUUUUUCAUGUGCAGU